AUGGCACCCCUCAAAGGAAACGGCAGAAAGAAGAAAGGUGCAAAACAGUCUUCCAGUGCAGGUUCUCCAGUGCUCGAUAAGCCUCUUCGGCUCAAGGAUUUGUAUCAGAGUGUGGAUAAAGUCGGGGGAAAGGAACAGCAUGAUGAGGAAUCCUCAGGAGACAAGGCUAUAUUCAGCUGGGAGAGAGUGCCACCAGCGCCACCUAGCCCGCCAGGUCCACCAACCCCGCCAGCAGUAGAACAAUCGCCUCCAAGAAGGCCCAGCUCAAGAAGAAUGUCCACAACACCACCCCUGUUUGAACCUCCAUCUGCACCUCCAUCCACACCUCCAUCCGUAUAUCAGUCUGUACCUCCAUCUGCACCUCCAUCCUCACCUCCAUCCACACUUCCAUCCGUACAUCAGUCCGUACCUCCAUCUGCACCACCGCCUGCACCUCCGCCUUUACAUGGGAAGUUCGGGUGCCGGAAGCGAGGAGGGAGGAAGCGAAGAUUGAAGAAGCGCUACUGAGCAGGGAGGAAGGUGAUCUCUGAAACACCAACAUUUGUUAUUUUUGUAAAUAUGAUUAUUUUUGUAUAUUAUUAUUAUUAUUAUUAUUAUUAUUAUUAUUAUUAUUAUUAUUAUUAUUAUUAUUUCUAUUAUUGUUAUUGUUACUGUUAUUAUUAUUAUAAUUAAAAAACACAUUAUUCUGAAAGACA